AUGCCAGUUCUUCCCUCCACUCUUGACCACCAACUGUCCAACCUCUCGACCUCUGAGGAGGUCGAAGAAAAGCAACCGCUAGCUGAAGUCUCAGUCAUUGAUGAUUCCUUUGACGAAUCCUCGCAAGAUUCUUCCACCCAUGGUGCCAUGGUCACACCAAGAUUCAAAAAGACAGACCACAAACUCAAGGAGGAACAAGGACUCUUUGCGGACGAACCACUCUUGAAGGAGAAUCCUCAUCGCUUUGUCAUCUUUCCCAUUCAAGACAAUGAUUUGUGGGAAAUGUACAAGAAGGCAGAAGCAUCCUUUUGGACUUCGGAAGAGAUUGACUUGGGUUCCGACAUGGUAGACUGGGUCAAACUUUCCGACAAUGAACGUCAUUUCAUCUCGCACGUCUUGGCCUUUUUUGCUGCCAGCGAUGGAAUUGUCAAUGAAAACUUGGCACAGAAUUUCAUGACGGAGAUUCAAUCUGCAGAAGCCCGUUGCUUUUAUGGAUUCCAGAUUGCGGUCGAGAAUAUCCACUCGGAAACCUACUCUCUUUUGAUUGAUACUUACAUCAAGGACCAAAAGGAGAAGAUGCAUCUCUUGCACGCCAUUGAUACAGUUCCAUGUGUCCAAAAGAAGGCUGCUUGGGCGCUGCAAUGGUGCAACCAGGAUUACGCUAGUUUUGCGGAACGUUGCGUUGCCUUUUGCGCCGUUGAAGGAAUCUUCUUUUCGGGUUCCUUUUGCGCCAUCUUUUGGUUGAAGAAGCGUGGUCUCAUGCCUGGCCUUUCCUUUUCCAACGAACUUAUCAGCCGUGAUGAGGGACUUCAUUGCGAUUUUGCUUGCAUGCUGUACAAGAAGCUAAUCCACCAACUUCCAGAAGAACGUAUUGUCGAAAUUAUCAAGUCUGCGGUCGAUAUUGAAAUGGAAUUCGUCAGUGAUGCUCUUCCCGUCGAGUUGAUUGGAAUGAACUCGACUCUCAUGACCGAGUACAUCAAGUUUUGCGCAGAUCGUCUUCUUGGUUCUCUUGGAUGCGCUCGCCACUACAAUACCAAGAAUCCUUUCGAGUGGAUGGAAAGCAUCUCACUUCAAGGCAAGACCAACUUUUUCGAAAAACGUGUUGGGGAGUACGCCAAGUCUGGGGUAGGAGUUGAGAACAAUCACUGCUUCGAUCUUGACGCUGACUUUUAA